AUGAGCAUAAAUGGUGGCACAUCAGAAGGGGGCGCCGAGUUCUACGAGAACGGUACGACGGGCUCACGAGCCGCCAACGUCGACUGGGUCGAAAUUGUUGAGCCCCAGUCACGGCAGACAAUGUACGCCAAUUUAGUGACGGGGCAGUGUGCAUGGGAGCCGCCACAUGGUGCCAGUGUCAAAACUACACAUCAAAAUCAGUGGUGGGAGCUGUUUGACUCGAAAACUGGCCGUUAUUACUACUAUAAUGCUUCAUCAAGUGUCACAAAAUGGCAAAAACCAACAGGAAUCGAUAUCGAUAUAAUUCCACUCGCGAAAUUGCAGACUUUGAAGGAAAAUACCGAAGGAGGAGCUGUUUCGAAGAUCCGCCGAACAUGUGAAACUCAAACAUCUCCAUCAGUCCGUCGUGUGAUGAAUAAAGUGAUGAUGACUGGUCCUGUAUUUGCACAGAAUAUAUCACCUGAAACUGGUGUUGUAACGUUUCGAAGUAAUAGUCAAAACUCGCAAAACACGUUGAAUGGGCUUCAGAGCUCUUUUGAGGUGAACAUUUUUGGAAACUGA